AUAGCACCGCCACUCGAAUUACUUAACAUAAAGAAAAGAAUUAGUAGAUUGGUAAUACUCACUUGUUGUUAAUAUUUUCAAACAAAAAUGCAGCGGCAAGUGGCACUCAUCAAGCAGUCCCUCUUUGAUCAGGGAUAUCUCGAUGAACAAUUCAUGGAGUUAGAAGAGCUCCAAGAUGAUGCAAACCCUAAUUUUGUUGAAGAAGUGGCAACAUUAUACUUCAAAGAUUCAGCUCGAUUAAUCAAUAACAUUGAGCAAGCCUUGGAAAGAGGAUCAUUUGAUUUCAAUCGGCUGGAUAAUUACAUGCAUCAGUUUAAGGGCAGCAGCACAAGCAUCGGUGCGAGUAAGGUGAAAACUGAAUGCACUAUGUUUAGGGAAUACUGCAGAGCUGGAAAUGCUGAAGGAUGCUUGAGGACUUUCAAGCAACUGAAGAAGGAGCACGCAACGUUGAGAAAGAAGCUUGAACAAUAUUUCCAGUUGGCAAGACAGGCGGGGCCUAAGGAGAUAGCACGUAGGCCCAAGUAAUACAGGGACAUAUCAAUGAGGAAUCGUCAGCGAAUUUUGUAGUAGAAAAUGCUAUAAAUACAUAUAUAGUUCCUCAAUGUAUGUAAUAAAGAAGAUCUUGGAUUUUUAAUAUUAUGCAUGUCAAUAAACGGUCCAAAUUUCUCUCAUGUUUUUUUCCUUAUAUGGCUAAUAUUCUCCUUAGAUAUUAUUUUAUUUGCGAUUUGCCUCUUA